AUGCCGAAGAGAGGCAACACCUCGAGCCUACUGGACAAGGUAGUCUAUCUUACCCGGAUGACCGGAUUGGAGGGAGUGUUCAGUGGUGCAGUAGAGGGUUUGGGUUGCAAACUAUAUCGAAUCCCUCGGCUGCUUAUUGGGGACAACAAAAAUCUGUUACAUGACGGGCAGUUCUGUGAUAUUGAGCUGAUGCGUGCAAGGUUAUCUGGUGGCCAUUUCAGAAUGUUAAACGAGAAGCUAUACACCUGCAGUGGAGAGGAUGCGUUUGACUACUUCAAAAAUGACCCUAAUCUUUUUGAUGUGUAUCAUACAGGAUAUCAAGAGCAGAUGUCACACUGGCCUGAACAGCCAGUGAAUGUAAUAAUCAAUUGGUUGAAGAGUCACAAUGCAUCAUGGACUGUUGCUGAUUUUGGCUGUGUUGCAAAAAAUGUGAAGAACAAGGUUUUCUCCAUUGAUCUUGUUUCAGAUGAUCCUUCAGUGAUUGCUUGUGAUAUGGCUCAUACUCCAUUGGAGCCAUCCUCUAUAGAUGUUGCAAUAUUUUGUCUUUCUUUGAUGGGAAUCAACUAUCCAAGUUACUUAGAGGAAGCAAAUAGGGUUCUCAAGCCAAGUGGUUGGCUUGUUAUUGCUGAAGUGCGAAGUAGGCUAGACCCGAACAAUGGGGGUGCUGAUCCUGAAAAGUUUUCUAAAGCCAUUAUCCAGCUUGGCUUUUCGCUUGUUUCAAAGGAUGUGAAAAAUAAAAUGUUCAUUCUGUUCUACUUCAGGAAAAAGGAAAAAAGCAAGGUGGCAAAGAGCAUCGAUUGGCCCCAGCUGAAACCGUGCUUGUACAAACGGCGAUGA